AUGCAUAAGCUGGUAUUCUGCUGUCUCAUUAUUAUCAGCUUCUCCUGUCCUCUCUCGUCUCUCCCCAUCAUCAACGCCAGUGAGAUGUCUUAUCAACUCUCAGCUGAUGAAGAUUCAAGAUUAAAUCUGGAGCGGAUGGGCAGCCUAAGCAGCACCUCCUUGCUUCAGUUUCUGCCAGAGCUCUUGGGCACACUGACUGAAGACAACAAAGCAGGUCCUAGCCCCAGCAGCUACAAUGCAAGGGAAAAUAUCAAAGAGACUUUCUAUGGAAAUCAUCCUCGAAUUGCUUUGCUGGGCCGCUUCUUGACCAAGGACAGGAAACAGUACAAGAAACGUGGGAAUCUUUCCGAGUGCUUCUGGAAAUAUUGUGUGUAA